ACAAGAACGGGUAAAGGCGAGAAACCGACCCAAAAUACCUCGACUAUAAAGACCAAAACAGAAAACCCUAACUUCUUCUCUGACCUUUCCCACACAGUUGCACGCACAGAGCAGAGAGCUCCAGCCGCGGCGUGAGCUAGAGCAAAUCAGCAUGAAGUUCAACAUCGCGAAUCCUACUACUGGAUGCCAGAAGAAGCUCGAGAUCGAUGACGAUCAGAAGUUACGAGCAUUUUUUGACAAGAGGAUCUCACAGGAGGUCAGUGGAGAUUCUCUGGGUGAGGAGUUCAAGGGCUAUGUUUUUAAAAUCAUGGGAGGCUGUGACAAGCAAGGAUUUCCCAUGAAGCAGGGAGUGCUAACUUCUGGUCGUGUCCGUCUGUUGCUGCACAGAGGUACCCCAUGCUUCCGUGGAUAUGGAAGACGCAAUGGAGAGCGCAGGAGAAAAUCUGUCCGUGGGUGUAUUGUUAGUCAUGACCUUUCUGUUUUGAACUUGGUUAUAGUGAAGAAGGGCGAAAAUGAUUUGCCUGGGUUGACUGACACUGAAAAACCUAGGAUGAGGGGUCCUAAGAGGGCAUCCAAGAUCCGGAAGCUUUUUAAUCUCUCCAAGGAGGAUGAUGUCCGCAAGUAUGUGAACACAUACCGUAGAACCUUCACAACAAAAUCUGGGAAGAAAGUGAGUAAGGCUCCAAAGAUACAGAGGCUUGUAACUCCAUUGACCCUUCAGAGGAAGCGUGCGAGGAUUGGUGAGAAAAAGAAGAGAAUUGCUAAGGCCAAGGCUGAGGCAGCCGAGUACCAGAGACUUCUGGCCACCAGAUUGAAGGAGCAGCGGGAGCGCCGCAGCGAGAGCUUGGCAAAGAGGAGAUCUAAGCUUUCUGCUGCUUCCAAACCAUCUGUUGUUGCAUAGACUGGCAGUUAAGUUUUGGUGAAUUUCUCACCACUAAAGGUUUUGGUAGUGUCAUAAUUUACCCGGGUGGCUGUGCAUUCCCCUUUUAUCAAACGUUGAGAGUGUGUUUUGUUAUUUAUGCUUUUUAUAAGUUUGACAUUCUAGCUAGCAUUACAUUGUGGGUUAUAUAGUUUGCUACUAUGAUCGCACGCUGCUACUAAAUAUAUACUUAUCUAUAUUUAAACUUUUUCCUUU